CGGGGGCUCGCGGCGGCCGUGGGAGGAUUUAGCCGUUGCGCCCGCGCCGCCGCCGCCAUUUUGUCUCCUUAGUCGUCUCGUCGCACACACCGCACCGGAUCGCCCCGCUCGUCCCGCCCCGCCGCCGGACCUGGCUCCCCGCGCUGGCCGCCCCGCAGCCCUCUGCCGCAGCACGAUGAAGCCCGGCUCGCGAAGGAAGCCCCCCGCCGCGAACAGCGCCCGCCUCCCCGCCGCCCAUCGCCGGACCCCGGCCCCGCAGGCUCGGCCGCGCCGCUGAGGAGCCCCCGCCGCCCGCCGCCGCCCAUGGAGCCGAGCGGCCGCGAGCGGGCGAGCCCCGCGCUGGGGCGGGCCCAGCCCAGCUCCUGGCUCAGCUUCACCCUGGCCUGGCCCAAGCUGGCCGCCCCCGGCGCGGCGCCCGCCGCCCCCUCGCCGCAGGCGAGCCCUCCCUUCUCCUGGAUGCGCCUGGUGUCCCAGCUGCUCUCGCCGCUGCCCGCCCUGCUGCAGCGCCUGCUGCCCGGCCCCGCGCUGAGCAGCGCGCUCUGCCCCGCCGCCGGGGAGCCGCCCGCCAAGGCCGCGCCGCCGCCGCCCCUGCUGCUGCUCUCGGAGCCCGCUGCCUCGCUCGACUGGGGCGAGGGGAAGCUGCCCUGGUCGGAGGAGCCGCUGGAGCCGGGGCGAGAGAGCGGCCCGCUGCCCGCCAAGGCCCUCUGGGGAGCCGGAGUCGUGCGGAGCGGCCUGGUGCCCUUCGCCGUUCCGCACGUCGACUUUCUGCCCUGCGUGCUGGGGCCCAGCAGCCGCCCGGGCUCGGACUACGGCCAGGCCUGCUGCUCCGGUAAGAGCCAUCUGCCGCAGCCCCUGAGCGCCGAGGUCCCCAUGGAGGCCUGGCGCGGCUGCUCGGGCCGGGGCGGCCUGCCCGAAAUCGAGCUGGUCCGGACUAAGCGCCUGGAGUUUCUCCAGCAGCGGCAUUUGGCGAGCCGGGGCCUGGCUGUGCCUGAGCCGGACCACGGCUAUCAUAGCCUAGAGGAGGAGCAGCAGCAGAGGGGUGCCUGUCGAGACAAGGUAGGGCAGCAGCAGGAGCAGCGGUGUGAUGCCAGGGAGCUGAAGUGUCCCGAGGAGCAGCACAGCGCAGGGAGGCAGCCUGGAGACAGCUGCUUGGAGCAGGAACUGAGGAGUUCCCCUGAGGUGGCUGCUUUCGAGGGGGAAGCCUUUACUGAUGAAGAUGAGGAUGACACAGACUCUGAAGCAGAGCAGAACCUUCCAGUUUCAGCCAGGCCUGCUUGUGCUAAUAAGCUAAUAGACUAUAUCAUAGGGGGAGCUUCCAGUGGGGAGGAGAGUGCAGAUGACGAGGAAGACUGGGUUGAUGACGAUGGGUUCGAUAGCGAAGGGCUACUCUCAGAUUCAGACGCUGGUAGCCAGCACGGGGAGAGAUUACAUCUCUGGAAUUCCUUCUACAGUUUGGAUCCUUACAACCCUCAGAACUUUACAGCUACCAUUCAGACAACUUCCAGUGAUCCAGAAAAGGAUAUGCCCUGUGGGUCAGACGUGGAAGAGGAGGAGGAGGAGGAGGAGGAUUCGUGGGCAGAGGAGUCUUCAGGCUCUCCGGACCCUAGUUCUGAAGAGGAUGACGAAUGGGAGUGUAGUAGUGUGGAUGAGGCAGAAAAUUUGAAACUUUGGAAUUCAUUCUGUACCUCAGAUGAUCCAUAUAAUCCUUUUAAUUUCAAAGCACCCUUUCAAACAGCAGAAAAAAAAGGGAAGCCUGGUUUAAAAGGGACAGAGAGGCCAGGUUUGGUCACAUCUGACUGUAGUCACUUAGCUCUCUGUCAGGUACAGCUGGAAAAGCAGAAUUGUGGCAUCACGGACUCUGUGCAGCAGGGCAUUCUUUCUGGUGAGAAGUGCAGAAGUUCCAAGAGAAAAAAGGUAACCUUCCUUGAAAAAGUUACUGAGUAUUAUAUAAGCAGCGAGGAGGAUCGUAAAGGACCCUGGGAAGAACUUGCGCGAGAUGGAUGCAGGUUCCAGAAACGUAUCCAAGAGACAGAAGAUGCCAUAGGAUACUGCUUAACAACAGAGCAUAGACAAAAAGUAUUUAAUAGACUCCAAGAAACUUACUACAGAAGGCGUGAUCUCUUCUAGCACCUUAAAGGAUGUGGUAGUUGUGUGACCCUAAGCACUCAUGAACACCUUCAAAACAACAAAUGGCAGCUGCCUGUGUUUUGAAAUGGGGGGGGGGAGGGAGUGGGAUUUUAACAUUUUGUCCCGAUUUAAUAUUCAGCCAAUGAAUUUACCAGUGCGUGUCCCAUUUUGGUAUCUAAACAAAACCUUUUGAGUAUCAUCAAGGGUAAAGAGUAUAAUUGCAUUCCUUUUAAGUAGCACUUGAGAAAUGGACUGCUUUAGAUUAAAUCCAUUCCAAAAAUGCCUUGUCUGCCGUAUGUUGAGAAGUGGUGGCUAUUAAGUUGGAAUUUUGCACUUUGAAAAAGCAAAACCUAUUUUGAAGGAAAUAUUUAUGGGACUCAGAACCCAGUUAUUGCAGUUUUGAUUUAAAGUUUGAAAAAUGUGUGCUACUCUUUUGUGUUUCUCUGUUUUCUUGUGAAAAAGACAUCUUGAAUUUUGCUAGCUAUUAAUGUUAAAUUUGCUGUGUGGAGUAGUUAUUUUUUCUUCCUUUUAAGAUCCUAAUUUUGCAUGUAAUUUGGUGUUUGAGUGUUUAUGUAACAUUUACUCUGUCUUAAUAUUUCAGUCUAGAACACUGGGGGUUUCAGGUGAACUCUGGUGCACUAUGAGCCCUUUGGUUUGUUUUUAUUUAAAUAAUAUCUUUGCCUAGUACUGUUCCAAAGGGUGUUGGCUGCUUGUGCACCAAGGCUGUUUGCUUUCAGGACACUGAAAGGCCUCGUCCUGAUUGAUAACUUAAACUUCAAGGCGUGUAUGAAACUGUGGGUGAUAUUCUGAGUUUUGGUGUAGCCACAUAUAGGGAACUAAGCCUUAGUUCUUUAGUUACUCUCGAAGUAACUUCACCGUAAUUGAUUUUGCUUUCCUAAGAUGGAUUCAAGUGGAGGAUUUUUCAUAUUUCUUGUAUGCAGUGUACUUGCUCUGGUACUUGUAAGGAGAGUUAUCUUUGACUUAUGGAAGUCUAAGGUUACAAAUUUCUGUGUUCUUUACCAAAAGCCAGUAUUAAUACCUCUGUGUCUGCACUUUUGUUCAACUGCUACCAAAAUAACUUUUCACAUUUCGGGUCUGGAAGUUGAGAGGUCCUUGGUGGAAUAAAAACACUCCUUAUUUGUGUUCCCAACUUAAAAUAUUUAAUGAUGCUUCAGUCAAAAUAAAAAGGCGGCACCAUUUGGAUAUGCUCUUGGAGCUGAAGGAUGUUGGGUGGCUGCUAUCCAAGCAGAACUGAGGUAGUGCAAUGGAAUAAAUACCAGACACAUCUAAAGGAUUCAGAUCUGUUUUCAUGAAGUUGCUUGAAUAAAUGAUUUGCUACUUCAUUCAGCAGCUGACUAGAAUUACUUCCCUUUUGGAAGGGGGAAACCUAGACACUUUAGAUGCAUAAGCUUGGGAUACCUGGAGAGAAGAGCAUAUCCAAAUGACAGGCUUCACCAAGCUUUGCUGAAUUUUCUGCUUUAUCUUGUGAUCUUUCUGGCCAUUGCUUUUAAUUCUGUCUUUAAAAUUUCAGAGCUUUGUUUGAAAUGUUAUUCUCAUUGCAUAAAGCAUGUUCUUUGGAUUUAAAAAUUAUUUUUCUCUGCUACAAGUUAGAAGCAUUACUGUUACAAAAGGCAGAGGUUUAGCAGGGAACUGUAGUAGAGUCGUCAUGCAAAUUUAAAAUAUGGCUGAAAUUCAGGCAGUCUUAAAAUUGGGUACUUGACAGCCAUGAAACACUUGUUUUAAAUCUUGGUGCAAUAAAAAAAGUCAGGUUCUCCAUUCCUACAAAAGAUCUUACCUGUGAAAUGUUAAUUCAAAUCAUGCUCUCAAAUCCUAUGAAAGUUUUAAUUUCUAGGGGUUUGUUUUCCUGUACCAUAUUUGAUAACAAUUGUUCAGCUUUUUAGUUAAAGCAUGCAGGAUGAUAAAUGUGUUAGAAUUAUAAUAGUUUUUUUUGACUUAAAGUCCAAAUGUGGCUCAUAUGUAAAAAUGUUUUUCAUUGCCUUUGGUAAAAAUAUACACAAGUCAGAUCUUUUUUUCCCCUGACUCUGCUAGUUUCUUUGAUCUUGGCGAACUUGCUGCUGCUUCAGUUACUCCAGAUAACUCACUUAGUUUACUAGUGUUUGUAAGAAGCCUUAGAAUGAUGUAAAUAAACAUGCAGAUACUGAUGUGCUAUUUACAAAGGCCAGGAAAGGACUGCAGCUGGAACUGAACACAAUACACAAAUUAGAUAUAAACUAGAUUAAAAGCUGCUGCUUCCAAAAGUACUUCUAACAUCAAAGAAAUCCUGUUUUCACCCUGCAGUGUACUAAGGACUCUGUUCUUCCACCUAUGAAUAAACACUCCUAAUUUUCAUUGAUAUGUGUCAAUUGAUAAGUGUGUGCCCCCCCUGCAAACCUGAAGUUUUCCAAGUGUCAAACAUAAGGUGCUAGGAAAUUAUUCUCACACUAACUUUAUGAUCAGAAAUAUUGAGAAUUAAAGCCACUUAAAAGCAAGCUCAGCUUCUUUGUCACCAUUUUUGCUAUAAUAUAUCUUAAAAUGGUCAUGCAGGAUGUGUAAAUGUGUAAGUGGCUUUGAGUGAGACAAAAAUAACAGUUCUUAAACUUUAAAUCAAAACUGUAAUUAUCAGAUUUUAUUUUUGUAUGAUUUAGAGAGAAAGUUAGAAAACCUUCAACAUUGGCUUUAUACAGAUUUUAAUUGAUUUGUGUCGCGUUUGUUGGGUUUUUAUAUCUAAAGUUAUAUUUCUGUAUAUAAAACUAUUCAUAACUAAUCUGUAAAUUGUAAUAAAGAUAUUUGCAAGAUAA